GUUGACGUCAUCGAAAGCCGACCUGAGCAGCAUGGAGGAGCUCCUUCGCUGAGGAUUUUUUGACCUCUUACAGUUUUUCCUUUCUAGUGGAGUCGGUUUGAAUAGUGUUUUCCAGAAUGUCGGUCAAGCAGGCAUCAGUCCAUGCCAAAUGGAUCAUCGGCAGAGUAAUAGGGACCAAGAUGUACAAAACUGCCAAAGUGAGAGUCACAAGGCUGGUGCUGGACCCGUACCUUCUCAAGUACUACAACAAGAGGAAGACUUACUUUGCCCAUGAUGCUUUGCGACAGUGCACUGUGGGAGACAUCGUCCUUCUCAAGGCUCUGCCUGAGCCCCGGUCCAAACAUGUGAAGCAUGAACUGGCUGAGAUAGUGUAUAAAGUAGGUCGGGUGGUCGACCCACUGACAGGAAAGAGCGUUGCAGGAUCUGAGUUUGUGGAGCCCCUGACCGACCUUCCAGAUGACCUGGAAGAGGAGACGACGUUAUCAGAAAAACUGCAGGAGCUCAACAUCUCUGCUGCUUCCAGUGGAGCUGACUCCCCUCCAGCACAAACACCAGCUCCAUGAUAGGAAACUGUGUACUUCUGUGCAGUAAUGUUAGCUUAAACACGUUUCUGUUUGAGGUGUUCAUGUAAAUAUGAGUUUAUAAACCAGUAAUCUUGUUGUAUUAUAUAUAUGGAUGGAGAGCCUGAGUACGUUUUCCUUGCUGCCUGCUCAGGUAGUUUGAAUUCAGGACACAUUUCUGAGGAAUUUACAAUAAAAUGACAAGAACA